ACUACCCCCUGUGGUUAGUUGAGUUUCCAACAACCAGCAGCAAUUCAAGUGACGCAGAGGUCAGGAGACGUCGUGCCGUGAUGAGGGUCACACCUAAAGGUUGUGUACAGGCUCGCGGGCCGUGCUUACCUAACGAUAGCAUGCUGUUUCCUGUGUUUACGGUGUGUGGCUGCGCUGCUGGGCGGAAUUAGCUAGCCAGGUACUAGCAGCAGCAUGAGGAGCCUAGCUAGCUAAGUUACUCCGUUGAGACCGACAACACUAAACCAGUCGUAGUUUAGUGCCCAUGAUAACUGCGCAGAGAGUUGCGGUGGGCUUUUCUCUUAUAGCUGUGGCCAAAGUGAUGAGCUCCGUGGCGGGGACGUCAUCAUCCGAGCCUCCGGGGCGGUGUCCGUCAGAGACCCGGGAUGCACAGCCAGGAAGCCCGCAGAGGCUCCAGAGGCUGGUCGCGGUUCCUGGUUCCGACCCGAGCCGAGUGAACGACCUGCUGCUCCUCCGGCCUACAGAGGAGCCAAGUCGGUGUGGCUCAGACACGGAACCGGCAGAAGAUGGGAGCAGUAACACGCACGUUGUGUUUUUCCAUGGGGACAUUCAGAACUUCCAUGAGGAGAUGGCUCUGCAGCCGGAGGGGGUCCAGUGGCUCUCCUGGAGUCUGGAGCAAGUGGCCCUCACCCUGGGGCGACGUUUCCCCAGCCGACAUGUUUGGGUGGUCCGAGCUUCCCGUAUGUAUCUGCACAAGUUCAGCUGCUACCACAACUUUGUGGAGAGCAACAUGUUUGGAGCACCGGAGCACUCGCCCGACUUCGGAGCAUUUCGCCACCUCAGGGCACUGCUGAGCCACGGCAUGGAGCGGGCCGGACUACCACACCCACUUCCACCGCCAGGAGGCGCUGACCCCAUCCCGUCAGGAUUUUCCCUGAUCCUUGUGGGCUUCAGCAAAGGCUGCGUGGUGCUCAACCAGAUGGUGUACGAGCUGGCCGGAGCCCGGGCAGACCCAGAGUUGUCGCCCUUCAUCGACCGCAUCUCAGACAUCUAUUGGCUGGACGGUGGUCACCCGGGGGGCAGCGAGACCUGGGUGACCGACAAGCAGGUGUUAAAGGAGCUGGCGUCCAGUGGAGUGGCGAUCCACACCCACGUGACGCCUUAUGAGGUGUGUGAUCCAAUGCGGGCCUGGGUGGGCCGAGAAAACGGACGCUUCAUCAAGAUCCUGGAGGAGUUGGGUGCCUGUCCCAGCCAGAAGCUGCACUUUGAGGAUGAGCCCCCCUCCAUCGAGAACCACUUCAGGGUCAUCCAGGAGUUUUGAGUUUGGUUCUCCCUUUUAGCAGGGUUUAAAUGUUUGUCAGCAGUGGGGAUUUCAGUCAGUGCACACAAACCCAAAACCUAAGCUGACUGACUGAGGCGCAAAAGAGUUGUUAUUUAUUGAGAAUAUAACUCCUGACUUAUGUCUCUUAUUUGCGAGUCUUACCUCAUUUUUCAGUGUUUUAAGGGCUCAAAUGUGAGAGAGCAUGCAACAAAUGCUGGUGUGUUUUACCUUCUUUUCUAUUGCUAAAUGCACUUAACCUGAAGUGGAAUAGCUGAAGCAGUCUUAUUUUAAGUUAAUCCUCCGAUGGCCUCAUUAGCAUUCACUUUAGGAUACAUGUAUCCUUUUAUAUUUGAUCCUGGCUCAAGCUUUGAGUUUGUGUGGGAUUAGUUAUUUGAAAAGAUUAUGAAAAUAAAUCAACCCGUUUUCCAGGGGAACAGUUAGAUUUUGCUUACGAGCGUAACAUUACCAAGUAAUUUAAGCUCACAGAAUGUUGGAUUGUAUGUAGUUGAUUUUGAAAUGAAAUUUUGCCAUACUUUUAAGUUUAAUUAACUAAAUGUAUCUUCGGCUGAAGCAGAGCAUCUUAUCACUACAAGUUAAACGGGCUUCCUGGAUAAGGUACUUUUUGACACUUUAAUGUUUCAAGUGCAUUGCACGUUAUUGAGAUAGUUAAUUAAAUGUUAACUAGUAGCAUAAGCGUCACACUUGUCAGUCAAACUGGUGUUUCAGUAAAUUGAAUUUUGAAUCUAAAGCGAAAGGUCUGGCUGUGACAAAACACAGGUAAGCUUGUCAUAUGAUCAGGAAGAUGAUCCUGUUGUCAUUUGAUCACAUUGAUCCCAACACACUUGUAAACCAAUAUUAAUUUGUCUCCCAGUCAGAUGCCUGUAUUCAGCCACAUACUUCAUGUACCAACUCAUACUGCUGCUGUCUCAGAAAACCAUUGUAAGCUCAUUUUUUGUAACAUUAAUAUUUUACUUCAACUGUCACAAGAGCCCCAUUCAGUAGAGCAAGUUAAAUGAAUAUGGAGAAACAUAUUCAAAGUCCUUGAUAUAAAAAUAGGCACGGUCAUAAGUCUGUGCUCCUGAAAACUUCCUGAAUAUGUAAGGUUUUCAUGUGACAGCAGCAGUGUGAUCACGCCAGCUCUGCAUUCUCAAACAAAGUUACUUAGCAGGGAUAAAAGUCAUGAUUCUUUUUGUGUGAAAUGCGCUGUCUGGUAACUCACUCCAAAGUGACUUGUUCAGAUUAGAUUGCUGAUGGACUGACCAUGUGGUGUGCAUGUGCAGCAUUGAAAUGCAAGCAUGUGUAUUAUCUGCAAUGUAUUCCAGUUGAUGUGAUCUCUAUGUAAGCUUACAUAGCAUCUUUGCACUAUGGCUGUUGGCUGUAACUCAUUCUGCUGAAUGUAACUUCCUACCAUUCCUUUGAUGUUUACUAGCUGUGCUAUUACAGUGUGCUGUCUCAAAGACGUCAGAGUCUGUUUUGGCAUACAAGAUGGAAAUAGUAUUAUUGACUUUUUGCCUAGUUUGAAUUUAUUUUUUGCUAGUGCUUUCAGGUAGUACAGUGAGGACAGCAUAACACUAGGUGGGACAUGAUCCCAUCUAGAACAUGGUGUAGGUAUUAGAUUUCUUUGUUUGCAGCAAAAAAAAGUGGACUGCAUUACAUCAGCUGUCUCUAUACAAUGUCAUUGCCAAUCAACACACCUGGAACCUUGUUGUUUUUUGUCCUAGCAACAGUUAACUACUAAUGGAUAGGCUGCACCAUGUAGAAACCUGUUUAUCAAUAGUUAUUGGAUUGCAAUUUGUUUUAGCACUCUCAAAUCAGCAGGUGGCAGUGUGGAGGAGGCAGAAAACUGGGAACUGAAGAGGAAAUCAAGUCCCGGUUGCACACUGCACAGACUCAGGACAACAAAAACAUCACAGAAACCCCAUUACAUUUUCUACAAUCUUUAAUCAGCUUUUCAGUUUGCAUUGUGAUGCCUAAAUAUUAGCUUGUGUUUGAUCAGAACAGAAUAUAGAUGUAGUCUUUUUUUUUUCUUUUUUUCUAAAUCAACAAUUUCAGUUGCAAUCAAAAUGCUCAUACAUUAAAAAAAAUAUAUAAAAUGCAAAAUAAACAGACAUCUCUUGAAUAGUUA